AUGUCUCAGAAAGAUAAAAGCUCUGUUGGCCAUGUGGAGGACAUUGAGGCAGUUAGCGCUGGCAAAAUGAAGACACACCAGGCUACCAAGGUGAUGGGCACGGUGAAAUUGACCGAAGGCAGUAUCGUUUACAUUCCGACUCCGACAGCCGAUCCUCAGGACCCAUUGAAUCUUUCCAUGCUUCGCAAGAUUACCAUCCUCGUCGUUAUAUCAAUAUUCUCAUGUCUCGGUCUUUCUCUUGUGUCGGGAUUCGGCGGCUUGCUAGGCUUCUACAUUCCUAAAUAUGAGGCCGAGGGGGUAUCAUAUAAUGGAAUCACGUACUUGAUGACCUACCCAACACUUUUCAUGGGUAUCGGGAAUUUGAUUGGGAUGCCUCUGGCUAUUGGUGUUGGGCGCCGUGUUGUGAUGCUAGUCUCUACUGCGAUUCUUGCGGUCGGAGCUAUUUUAUGUGCAACUGCAAAGACCUAUGAGUGGCACUUUGGCGCAAGAAUCCUGGUUGGCCUAGCUGCCGGUCAAAGUGAGUCGAUCGUCCCGAUGAUUUCACAGGAGAUAUUCUUUCUCCACGAACGAAGUAAGGCUCUCAUGGGUCAACAGGCCAUUCAGGUCUCUCUUACUACCGUGUGGGUCCUGUUCGCCAGCCCUAUUGCGGAGGCCAUCACCCCCCAAUGGUGGUAUGGUCUUGGUGCCGUAUUAGCCGGCGCUCUAUGUGUCCUUACAUUCUUUCUAUUGCCCGAAACCAAAUACGAGCGAUCUUUGUCAGCGUAUCAGGAAGAGUCCUCGUCAGGCGAUGAGAUGCUCACGGAGGGCUUUAACGACGGCAAGCCGAAUCAUCCAGAGACCGCACCUUGCACGGAGCGCCCAGAGCUAGAUUUUGUCAACUACACUCCGCGGACAUUUAAGUCUGACUUACGCCUGUGGAUCGGCAAGCCGGAGUGGUUCAAAGUAUGGGAAGUGCUCAGGCAAACUGCAGAACUUCUCCUUUUCCCGAACGUCCUUUGGGCGCUCCUCCUCAACGGCCUAGUAAUUGGUGUCAACGUUGCCAUCGGCACGACAUACAGCACCAUCCUCUCCGGUGCGCCCUACAACUGGCCCAAUAGCAGUGCUAGCUACAUCAACUGUGGGCAGAUCUUGGUCGCCAUUGUCGCCCUCCCUUUACUAGGUCAUGGCUCGGACUGGCUAGUGAAAUUCCGCGCAAAGCGCAAUAACGGUCUUCACGAGCCUGAGACUCGUCUGAUUCCACUCAUCUUGCCAGCCGCGGUGGGCACAUUUACAAGCUCUUUAUACGGUGAAGGGGCAGCCCAUCCAUAUGACUACCACUGGUUUGUCUACGCUUGGGCUGUAGCAGCUUAUUAUUUCUGCUUCGUUGGUGUCAAUAUUGUUACCAUCACGUACCUGCUGGAUAGCUACCCUGCGCGUGCGGGCCCAGUUUUGGUGAUUGUCUGUGCUUUCAGAGGUAUUAUUUCCUUCGGAACAAGCUAUGGUACCGCUCCUUUUGUUGAGCUGCAUGGUUACGAUGGCACCUUUAAUACGUUUGCCGCUCUCACGGGCUUUCUCGGUCUGGUGGGCGUCCCGAUAUUUAUUUGGGGGAAGCGCAUUCGGGCUUUUACUGGGCGGUUUGCUAAGGACAAGACUGAUUGA